AGUUUUACUGCUGCACCAACAGCCCCCACAGAAGCCGGAGACACACACGUGCAGCACAGUGUCAACAUGGGGAAGAGGAGGCAGAAUAAACAACUUUUCACUAAUUUAUCCAAAAAACAGAAGAAACACUUGAAGGAGUUUGGAGAGGAGCAUCCGUUUCAUGAUGUUGUCAAUGAAAAACCUGGAAGAACUGAGAUAGUGGAGCUGUUAGCAAGCCCUGAACAAUCUGAUGCUGAACCUGAGGAGCUGGAGGAGGAAGAGGAGGAACCAGAGCAGAAAUCAGCCUACCAGAAACUUCUGUCAACUCUCAGCCGACCUGACGGCAACAACCAGAGUGAAGAGGAGGAAAGCAGCGAUGAUGAAGAGGAGGAAGAAGAAGAGGAGCUUCUUGGUGAAGAGAACAGUGACGGAGUUGGAGAUGAAAGUGACGAUGGUGAUGAAGAUGAAGGUGGAGAGGAGGAACUUGCAGACAAAGAUGAAGCUCAGACCGAAGUGGUAGAAGGAGAGGAGGAGGAGGAGGAAGAGGAGAAGGAGAAAGGAGAUGAAGAGUUCAUAGAUAAAGAGCAUGAGUCCCAGUUCUGUCUGGAGACCAACUUCACGGGUCAAGGCGAACAAGAGGACACUGAAAGCACCGCAGAGCAUGAAGACAGGAAGGACAUGUUUUUACAGCAUUUGGACAUGGAGCUUGGUGAAGAAGAUGUGCAGAAGAUAACAUCUGGCAGCAAAGCCAAGACUCAGAUCACGUGGCCAAAAUUGGGCUCCCUACUCUGUACCAAUCCUCUGGACAAGUUUGGACCCAUUGGCCCUCAGAAAGACACAAACCUCCCAGUUUUCCACAAACUCCUGGAGUCCUGCUGUAAGGAUCAAAACCAGACCUCUAAUGCUAAGGGGGUGGCUGAAGAGAUCAGCCCUCUCCACCAGGAGCUGCUGGCCCUCAUGGGUUCCUACAAGGACCUAUACCACUCAGAGAUGUGUCCUCUGAAAGAGGGCCCUCAGGUGCGCAGUGCAUACUGCAUUCAUGUGCUCAACCACGUGCUGAAGGCCAACUCCCAGGUCCUGGCUCAUAACGCCCAGCUAAGAGAGCAGAAAACUCAGGCUAAACCCGGAGCUGAGCCACAGGAUGAACCCAGAGAUCAAGGUCUGACGCGGCCCAAGGUUCUGAUUCUCGUGCCGUUCCGCGGUGGAGCUCUGAGAGUCAUCCAGACCUUCAUCAGCCUGCUGGAGACCAAAGGCAAGAAGAUGGUGGUCAGCAACAAGAAGAGGUUCAAGGAGGAGUUUGGAGAAGAUGCAGAUGACCAGCCAUCCAAUCUACAGAGACCAGAUGAUUACCACGCUAUUUUCUCAGGCAACGUUGAUGAUCACUUCAGGAUAGGUGUCUCCAUUGUGAAAGGCAGCAUGCGUCUGUACGCCCCCUUCUACUCCUCAGACAUUAUCAUCGCAUCUCCCCUCGGCCUGCGCACAGUGCUGGGAGCUGAAGGAGACAGUAGGAGAGACUUUGACUUCCUGUCCUCCAUCGAGCUGCUGGUGGUGGACCAGGCAGAUGUCUUCCUCAUGCAGAACUGGGAACACGUCCUGCAUGUGAUGAAGCACAUGAACCUGCAGCCGCUGGACUCCCAUGGAGUGGACUUCUCCAGGGUGAGGAUGUGGAACCUGAACAACUGGGCCAGACACUACAGGCAGACGCUGGUGUUCAGCUCCAUCCAGGAGCCACAGAUUAACAACAUCCUCACCAAACACUGCGCCAACUACCGCGGACAGAUUGCCACUAAGAACAUGCCAAAAACAGGUUCCAUCUGCCAGGUGCUGGUUCAGCUGCCUCAUGUGUUUCAGAUGUUCUCCUCUGACAGCUUCAUGGACCACGAUGCUAGGUUUCAGUUCUUUGUAGACAAAGUGCUACCUCAGUACAGGGACUCAGUUAUGUCCCACACUCUGAUCUACAUCCCCUCUUACUUCGACUAUGUCCGACUGCGCAACUACAUGAAGAAAGAGGAGAUAAACUUUGCCAGCGUCUGCGAGUAUUCCAGCAAAUCAGAGGUGUCCCGAGCGAGGCAUUUCUUCCAGAAAGGGGAGAAACAGUUCCUGCUCUUCACUGAACGCUUCCACUUCUACAAGAGGUACAACAUCAAAGGAAUCAGGAACCUGAUAUUUUACGGAUUGCCCUCCUUCCCCCACUUCUACAGCGAGGUGUGUAACAUGCUGGCAGCGGGGGGUCAGGGGGAAGAGGCCAGCUGGACCUGCACUGCCCUCUACUCCCGCUACGAUGCCCACAAAUUGGCUGCCAUCGGUGGAGCCCAGCGAGCCGGACAGAUGCUGCACUCCAACAAGACUGUUCACCUCUUUAUCACAGGAGGGGAGGAUAAGGCCUCCUGAUGGAGCUGGAUGGAUAGAAGAGGGACCGCAGGUAGAUAAUUACUGUUCAUAUAAGAUCCCAUCAGGAUCUACGUCAUUACACGAGGACGACCCUGGACCCUGGACCCUGCUGACUGCAGGUCUGUGAUGGCGGACUGUUUUUGACACGUAAACUGGUUUCACCUCAAAAAAAUGCUAAUCAGGAAAAGAUAAGAAUUCGCUCUAUUAUAUUUGGACAUUAACUCGAACAUGCCGGAGGAACAAACACAGAUGUUUAUUGUCUUUGUUUGAUGUCUCACAGCUGGACACUGUCCAGAAACAUCAAGCCACAAGAGAUCAUAAAGCAUUGUUCUGGUUGGUAAAUUCUGUUGUAGCUGAUCACUGAUAAGAUGUUGUAAAAACAUCCCUUCCUUGUUUGGAUGUGUUUCCAGAUUCAGCACAGUAUAAAUAUUUUUUUAUGUUGAUCUAUUUCAUUACCAUUAUUUGAUAAUAGUUCAUAUUUGUAGCAAUGCCUGUCCUGAAAGUGCUAAAAUGCUCCUCAAAAGAUAAACUAAUGUAAUAUUGGCUUUUUAUACCCAAUUUGAAAUAGUUUGAAAUGAGUCCAGGCUGUGUUGCCUGUUUUUGCUGGUAAAUCAUGUUAGAAAUUUCUAGCCAAAGAAUUAAAAGAAUACUUCUUACACUAAUGCUCUGAAAAAUAAUCCGACUCUCUGUGUUGUCACACUCUAACUAUGCAAAAUGUUUUAUUUGAAUAGAUGAAAUACAAGUAUACCAAUCUGUGAGCAGGAGAGUGA